AUCGCACACGGAGAAUGUAAAGUCGGGCUUCAUGGAAGAGAAACAAGCUUCACGAUUAAAUGCAUUAAAAUGUUUGUCCACCAGAGCUCCACCCGUCGCAAAGCGUGUGUUACCUGUGCUCAGGCGAAGAGGAGAUGUGAUCUGAGAUUUCCGCGAUGUAGCAGAUGCAUGGAUCGAGGCUUUGAUUGUGAAUACGCUAUACCCCCUAAAUCUACUGCCGGAUCUAGAGAUCAGAGCAUAGAUCAAAGCUUAACUUGGGCAUCUCCACGUACCAAUGAGCAAUCAGUUCAGGACACUGUGCUGAUGCGCCUACCAGUAUAUGAUGCCCUUGAAAUCGACAUCUCGACUAAAUAUGACCUAUUUUAUAUCAAUUCUUUCCCAUACCCAGAGCGUGCGACCAUUAGGCAGGAGCAAGUAGAUUUCUGCAUUUUGCAAUUUAAAGAUAUCAUAUUACAGCUAGUACACCAAAACCGAGCACCUUUCAUCCACCACGAUUCGUAUCUCGAUAGGCCACCAGUUGCCUACCAAGACCUCCUCGGAAUCAGCGCCAUGUACUACCAAAAAACGCCCCAAAACCAGUCUAUCACCUUCUCAAUGCUGGAUAGCCGAAUUGCUAGUCUCGUUAGAUCGUCAAAGUCUUCGAUGUGGUCAACGAAGGACUACCUACUCGGUGUUCAAGCAAUGAUUAUCUAUCAAAUCAUUCGCCUCUUUGAUGGUAAUAUUCGUCAACGGGCUAACGCAGAGGCGCAAUUCGGAAUACUCGAGACCUGGGCAUCCCAGCUACAUUCGACGAGUAAUAUAUAUUACAAUCAAUCCGACUCCGAAUCCCCCUAUCAGCGCUGGAUUUUUAUCGAGAGUGCGAGGCGUACAGUCACAAUGGCCAUCAUGGUACAGGCAAUAUAUUCAAUACUCAAAGACGGAUUCUGCACGAGUGUUCCCCAAAUGACAACUUUACCGGUGUCUGUGAAUGGCGCACCGUGGGAUGCCACAGAGGACACCUGGUGGGAGACUACCUUUGGUUUGGGAGGGGAAUUGAUCACAUACCAAGACUUUCUAACACAGUGGAAUGGAGGGCAAGCUCUUUAUGCAGGCACCUACGAAUCAAUAUUGUUGGGUGCUUGUAAGCACAAUGUUAGACGGCCACCUCUUAUGCCUUUGUAACAAUAUACCUAUUUAUAGUUGUUAGGAGCAUUCUAAUUACUAUAUAAUCUCAAAC